ACCAGCGAGAGGGGUGUAAGAAAUCGAACAUCUCCUUUUCUUGGGAUUAAAAAAAAAAACGGUUAAACCAACGUUGCUUCUUUACUUCGCUUGACCUGCUGUGUCCCAUCAGGAUGUUGAUGUCCUCCCUGUGGAAGCAGCCCUCAUUAGCAGCUGCUGGCUGACUGAGGUGACCGUUGUGGUGCCAAACUGAGACUUUGAAGGGGAUGGAGAGGCUUAGUCAAUUAAAUCCAGUAGGCUGCAGCCUGACAGCACAGCAGGAAGAGGAGCAGGCGCACAGCACAACACUUGCAAGGCAUUUAAAAUGGCCUCAAUCCUGCAGAAGCUGAUCACCCCGCUGUUCAGUGGUCCCCCUGAGCCCCCCAAGAAUAAAGUGACAGUAGUGGGUGUGGGCCAGGUUGGCAUGGCCUGUGCUAUCAGCAUACUGCUCAGGGAGCUGGCUGAUGAGCUGGCCCUGGUGGACGUGAUGGAGGACAAGCUGAAAGGAGAGAUGAUGGAUCUGCAGCACGGCAGUCUCUUCCUCAAAACCCCAAAAAUCGUGGCAGACAAAGAUUACUCUGUGACAGCAAACUCACGCAUUGUAGUGGUGACAGCUGGAGUGCGUCAGCAGGAGGGGGAGAGCAGACUGAACCUCGUCCAGAGAAACGUCAACAUCUUUAAGCACAUCGUCCCUCAGAUCGUCAAAUACAGCCCAGACUGCAUCAUCAUUGUGGUUUCCAACCCAGUGGAUGUGCUGACUUAUGUGACCUGGAAACUGAGCGGCCUUCCAAAGCACCGCGUCAUCGGCAGCGGCACCAACCUGGACUCAGCCCGCUUCCGCUUCCUGAUAGCCGACAAACUGGGAAUCCACCCCAGCAGCUUCAACGGAUGGAUCCUGGGAGAACAUGGAGACACCAGCGUGCCUGUGUGGAGUGGAACAAACGUAGCUGGAGUCAACCUGCAGACAUUAAACCCGGACAUUGGCACUGACUGUGAUGAAGAGAACUGGAGGGAGACCCACAAAAUGGUGGUGGACAGUGCUUAUGACGUGAUCAAACUGAAAGGUUACACCAACUGGGCGAUUGGUCUGAGUGUAGCUGACCUGACAGAGAGCCUCAUGAGGAACAUGAACAGGAUUCAUCCUGUUUCCACCAUGGUGAAGGGCAUGUAUGGAAUUAGCGAUGAGGUGUAUCUGAGUCUGCCCUGCGUGCUGAACAACGGGGGUGUGGCUAGUGUGGUCAACAUGACCCUGACAGAUGAGGAGGUGGCCCAACUGCAGUCCAGUGCCAACACGCUUUGGGACAUCCAGAAGGACCUGCAGGACGUCUAACUGACCAGCAGGGUGCGACAUAGCUUCACCUUCAUGACUGCUUAUUGCCUACUAUAACUCUGCAGUCACUAAAACCAGACAGCUCCACCUUCCACACCUUCAACCCACUGUCCUCUGUAGAGUCACAGGCGUACGUACAGAGAUUUAGUCCUGUCAGAUUUAGCUGUAGAUGUCAGAGUGUUUUCACUUCUGCUCGCUGGAGACCAAAUGUGAGAUCAGCUGAGUUAAAUGUUGCUCUGACUCAUUUGUCCUCGACUGUGCUGCAGUGUGGGACCAAGUGUCACUUGUGUUGCUUUGAUGUGUAAUAAAACAAGUUUGUUGAUGCUUGAA